AUGCCUAUGAUCCGUAUAAGACCAGGUCCCGAUCCACAUCCCUGGAACAGAGAUGGCCACCAAUGUGCAAACUGCCAUACCUACCGCUGGAAGCAGCCACAAGUUCCGAUAUUCCAGUCUCCGGCACGAAGCCAGUGGGCGCAGCCGCAUAAGAACGCAUAUCUUUGUGACAAUUGCUAUUGGGACUUGAAUGGGGGCGUGGAGGGGAUUCCGUGUAUGAGAUCUCUACCAUGCCUAUGCGGAAGGCGUGACAAUCUAGCCAUUUUGCUCGCUAGCAAGCGGUUUUGGAACGACGCUGCACCGAUCUUCUGGGCGGAGAACUGGUUCGCCUUCGAGCAUCCCUGUCUCCUAACGGGAUUCUUGACUGCUAUUCGUCCCCAAGUGAGAUCAUGGCUAAGACGUAUAUCGUUUAUGCCUAUCCAUGCUUACUACCAUGAUGAACACGCUAGCAUAUUUCCACAGUGGCGGGAUCCGAUUUGGAAUGGAUGGGAUGAUAUUAAGAGUUGCUGGAAUUUACUGAGACUGUGCGAGGGACUGACAGAGCUGGAGCUUGAUGUGCUGUCUUUGACGCGCAAGGAAUGGGCUCAGGCUAUUCGACUAAUUGAUGUCAAGAAACGGGUCGCCUUUUUUUGCCAUCUGGACCUAGAUGAUAUUGAAGAUGCACCUAAAGAUUCAGCGGAGUUUAUAUGGGAGUCGCAUGCUCUGAGGAAACGAUUCGACUCGCCUACGACCGAUUUGCUUGCUUCUAGCAUGACUGGCAAAAGGGCUAUCAGGAGAAAAGCUCUGAUAACUCAUUACUCUGAGAAUACACUACAACAAAGAUGUGGCGAUUACGGGGUCGAGUUUACCGAGAAGAUGAUCGAAGGCCGAAUAUGGAAUUCAUGA